GAAUGUCGAAAUCAUAUCCUAAGAUUUUGGUGAGCCAUUUCUGAUGUUCCAAAGCCACCAGUCGCUGCUCUAGCAAAUAUUUCAAGCUCUGCUGGUCCGUUCUGACCAAAAACUUAUGCCCCAGAAGGUAAGGUCUCCAUUUCAGUAUAGCAAGAACUAUCGCCAUCAACUCCCGCUCAUACACAGAUUUUGUGCGUGCUCGAGAUGACAACACUUGACUGUAAAAGGCGAUUGGUCUGCUAUUUUGCAUCAACACAACCCCAAGGCCCACUCUCGAAGCAUCCGCCUCCAACACAAAUGGUUCUGAGAAAUUGGGCAGCGCCAAAACCGGAACCGAGCACAUGGCUUGCUUAAGCUUCCCGAAAGCUUCUUGAGCCUCAACCGACCAAUCAAAUGCAUCUUUUUUGAGCUGAAUGUCAAAGGCUUCGCAAUGCUACCAUAGCCUUUGACAAACUUCCGAUAGUAAUCCGUGAGACCCAAAAAUCCCCGUAAGCCUUUGAUUGUCUGCGGAACAGGCUAGCUGUCCAUGGCCUCUAUCUUGCUCGGGUCAGCCGAUACCCCUUGUGCCGAAAUGAUGUGACCGAGAUACUCCACCUAUUCUUGAGCAAACAUACACUUUUUCUGAUUGGCGUACAACUGAUGUUGUUGAAGGCGCUGCAACACCAAGGUGAGAUGCUGAACAUGCUUCAUAAUGAAACACUAUAAACCAAUAUAUCAUCAAAAAACACCAAGACAAACUUCCUCGAGUAAUCACGAAAAACCUCGUUCAUAAGUGCUUGGAAAGUUGCUGGGGCAUUUGUAAGGCCAAAAGGCAUGACAAGGAACUCGUAAUGUCCCUCAUGAGUCUGGAAAGCUGUCUUCUCCACAUCUCGAGUCGUCACGUGAAUCUGGUGAUACCCCGACUUUAAAUCCAACUUGGAGAAAAUCUUAGCCCCAUGAAGCUCAUCUAACAACUCAUCGAUCAUCGGAAUCGGAAACUUAUCAGCCACCAUUUCUCGAUUCAAAGCUCUAUAAUCCACGCAAAAAGGCCAACUCCCAUCCUUCUUCUUGACAAGUAACAUCGGGCUCGAAAAAGGACUAGUGCUUGGGCGAAUUAUACCUGCUUGUAACAUCUCAGACACCAACCGCUCAAUCUCGUCCUUUUGAACUUGCGCAUACCGAUAUGGGCGUACUGAAAUAGGCCCCGCUCUUGCUCGAAGGGUAAUGGCAUGCUCACAGGUGCGGCUAGGUGGUAGUCCUGUGGGCAUGGCAAACACCGCCCUAAACUCCUGAAGCACACUGCCUACGGCCGAGGGAACCUGCUGCUGCUCGAGUGGUGUCUCCGUUGACAAAGCCCCAAAUUAUACCCCAAACCCCUGAGCCUCCUUCUCCACUGAUAAUAUCAUUGCCUUGAGCGAAAUAGGCGAUUUGCACAAGCUGGGAUCCCCUUGCAAGGUUACCCUCAUCCCUGCCAUUUCGAACUUCAUCACUAAUGUGCGCCAAUUUACUUGCAUAUUGCCAAGGGUUUCCAACCACUUAAUGCCCAAAAUCACAUCCGCUCCCCCUAACUCCAAUGGUAAGAAAUCAGUCACCACACGCAAAGUCCCCAAAUCCAGCUCAACUUGUGCACAAAUCCCCUCUGUCCUAACCUUGCCUCCGGUGCCUAACAAUACUCCAUAACAUGAUGUAACUGUGAUUGGGAUACCCGUGGCUAAUACCACGUCCAUAGAAAUGAAGUUGUGGGUAGCCCCACUAUCAAUCAAGACCGUAACUGAUUGCUGCCCAAUGUGGCCAGCAAGCUUCAUGGUAUGUGCCGAUGUGAUGCCCACUAAGGAGUUAAGCGAUAAAGUGGCUAGAGUUUCUUUAGUACCCACGGUUUCCCCCGAAUCAGGUGAUGGCAGCGGGGACUCCUUCGGUAAAGGCGAAUCAUCCUCAUCCAUCACUAGUAAAACUUGCAAUAGUUUUUUAUCACUCAUGCCCCCGAAAAAACUUUUUAUCACAUUUGAAACAAACCCUGCGGGCUUUCUUAUCCUGGAACUCCACCUCCGUGAGGCGACGGAACGACGGUUUCUGCAGUGGAGGAGCAGCCGGCUGAGACUGAAUUGACGGUGCCGAAGAAGAGGGAGGCAUAAGAGAACGGCUACUGAACGGGUUGAUGGUUUGUCUGAAAGGUGUAAUUGGGCUCAAUGUUGUCUUGGGCAAAGUGGGCCGCGACUGAGGGCCCAUGUGCAGCAAUUGAUGGCCUUCUUCCACUCUUUGGGCCGUCUCCAUGAGCUGGGCCAAACUUACUGGUUGGAGGGUAUGCAGGGUAGCUUUGAUGUCGUCCUUGAGCCCCCGCACGAAGCUCCCUUUGAGGAUAUGGUCUUGUACAUUUGGUAUUCGAGAAGCUAGGAGCUCCCAACGAACUCUAUAGUCCUUCACAGUCGUAGUUUGAGUGAUCGACAUCAACUCUUUGGAGAGAGUGCCGACUGGAACAGCUUGGAAAUGCAAGAUGACGAGUUUCUUCAAUGUUGCCCAAGAGGUGAUUGGUCGGCGUUGGUUCUCCCAUUGAAACCAGGUGAGAGCAUCCCCAUCCAAACCCACAAUGGCGGUUUCCAACAUCAAUUGUUCGGACAUCCGUGUGAGCAAGAAGUAUCUCUCAGCCCGAUAAAUCCAAUCAUCGGGAUUAACGCUGCUGAACAAAGGAAGCUCCAUUUGAGGCGCCCGAUAAUCCGGCCCAACAUUCUGGCCGGAGAAGUAAGAGUCCAUCUGAACAGAGGGUGGUGGUGGUGCUGCUCCAGACGCAGGCGGAAUCAGAGCAGACAGUAACCUCGACGAAAUGGGAGUUGGAGCUGAAGAAAUGUCCCCUUCUAAAGCUCGACGAAGCCGAUCUGCACUAGCCACCGUGGUGUCGGUAUUGGGCUUGCCUGGAGCUUGAAGUAGUUGGGCUAAAUGGGUAACUAAGUAGUCCAUCUUCUUUUCCAUGGCCGACAAUCGUUGAACCUCGGUUUUCAGCACUCUAAUUCCUUGGGCAAGUGUUGAAACUCAGUCCGAACUGCUUGAAUUUCCCGACUAACCUUCGACUGAAUCGCCUCCACUCUUUCUUCCAAAAUUUUCCACUGAGAAUCCUUUUUGGGUCACAUGCCGAUCGAGUGCUUUGAUACCACUUGAUAGGUUAGACCUGCAAAUAGUUAGCCAAACAGAGAAAAUGCAGAGAGUUGAAGAAGAAAAGAAUGCCUCAAUAUUGCACACCAGGAAAUUCGAGAGCCUAGUCUCUCCCUUUCAGUUUCAACUCCACAAAGCAAAUCACACCCACAAACAGCUCAUACUCUCUCUAUUAAUACUCCUCCCUACCUUGAUAAUGUGCACCCUAGCCACACUAAGGCCUAACCCACCUAACUAACUCAGUAACAAUACUAAUCCCCUACUGCUCCUUCGCCCUUGCCUCUCCUGCUCCUCCUAGCAUACACAUAAGUAAUAGGUGGCUUAUUAGAGUGGAUAAAUGAUUUCUUGCAAGAAAUAUUUACAUUGCUUUUAUGUACGAUCCUUCUAUCAGUGUGCAUAAAGGCUAUAAUUUGUCAAAGGAGGCUGAGAAUUUUCUUAUCUCCCGGGGGCUUAAGAACGCUACUUACUCUAUUAGUGUCAAUGAUGUGAAAGAUAAUCUUUACGGCAAACUUGGGAAACUUGUUGCUUGUCCUUACCAGCAACCAGCUUCCUUUGAGGAAGAGGGUGAGGACGACUCUUCACCAGAGAGAUGGCAGGAAGCACUUGAGUUAGCAGAGCUUGCUGAGAAGGUUGGCUGUAGUUCAUUACCUACAAUUUCUCGAAAUAAAGAUUUCAGAUCAAAUAGUUGCAUGACCCCCAUUGAAACGCUUAAUGUUUCUUCUCGCUGUGAUUCUUGUAUUCUUGAGUUCGAUGGUGCUUCGAAAGGAAAUCCUGGACUAGCAGGUGCUGGAGCUGUGCUGCGUGCUGAGGAUGGAAGUGCGGUAUGGCAGUUGCGUGAAGGGGUUGGCAUUGCAACGAACAAUGUUGCUGAAUAUCGUGCAUUACUUUUAGGACUUAAACAAGCUCUCAAAAAAGGAUUUAAACAUUUACGUUGUCAGGGUGACUCUAUGCUUGUCUGUAUGCAGAUUCAGGGCAAGUGGAAAAUAAAAAACCAGAAUAUGGCUGACUUGUGUAAACAGGCAAAGGAACUCACGGAAAAGUUUUUGUCGUUUCAGAUCAAUCAUGUUCUCAGGGAAUAUAAUUCUGCAGCUGAUGUUCAAGCAAACCAAGCAGUAUAUCUUAGGGAUGGAGAAGUUGAAGAGGAUUGUAAAGAAUUAAUGUAAAGUCUAGAGAGAGCUACUUUUGCUCCUAAAUUGUGUCCAGAAUCAGACUUAUGUUGUGGUGGCUCAGUUAUUUGGUCGAACUUGUAUUUUUUUGUUCAAUUGGUACUUAGUAUUAAACUGUGUUAUAUUUUAAGUAAAUUAAUAUAGAAUUAGGCUUGCCCUUAUCCUGAUUCUGCGUUUAUUCCAACUUUCAUCUCUUAAUUACUUUGUUAGGUCCCUAAUUGAAAUUGGAACCUCUAAUGUUCAAUGCCUUGAAGACUUGCCUAUUUGAUUGAACUUAAAGAACUGCCUGUUCAGUAAAAUUAUAAUUCUCUGGGUUA